CUCUCUGUUUAUAUAUGCUACCGGAGGUUAAACGUUAUACAAUUGUUGUUAAAAAGAUAUUUUUCUUAAAUACACAAAUAGAAAUAAACGGGUUCUACGAUGGCAUCACCGGCCCCGAAAUCGCCGGAGCAAUCCGAGAGGAAUAGAAAAUACGACAGGCAACUCAGAUUAUGGGGUGAUCAUGGUCAGGCAGCUUUAGAAAGGGCCCACGUUUGCUUGAUAAAUGCCACAGGCAUUGGCACAGAAAUCCUGAAAUCUCUUGUUUUACCUGGCAUAGGAGCAUUUACUAUCGUAGAUGGGAAGAAAGUCAGUGAGGAAGAUAUUGGCACAAGUUUCUUUCUAGAAGCAGAUAGUGCGGGCAAGUCUAGAGCACAAGUGGCAACACAGAUGCUCUUGGAACUGAAUUCAGACGUAAGGGGUGAUUAUAUAGACGAGGAGCCUGAACAGAUCUUGUCUAACAAUCCUGAUUUCUUCAACAACUUCACUGUAGUAGUGGCUACCUCGCUGGUUGAAAAAUCUUUGAUCCUGUUGUCGCGUCGGCUCUGGGAAUUGAACAUACCACUGAUAGUGUGCAGAAGCAUAGGAUUCAUCGCAUAUAUGAGGAUACAAGUGAAGGAGCAUACGAUCAUAGAAUCCCAUCCAGACAACGAGAUCCUUGACUUGCGUCUGGAUAAACCGUUCGAAGCGUUAAAAAAACAUUUCGAUUCGAUAAACCUAGACGAGUUGAGUUUCAAAGAUCAUUCGCAUGUACCUUAUUUAGUUGUACUGUACAAAUACUUAGAGAAAUGGGUCUCUGAAAAAGGACAGUUACCCAGAGCGUAUAAAGAGAAGAAUCAAUUGAAACAGAUGAUCAGAGAGGGAAUGAGGAGAGACGAAAAUGAUAAAGCGAACAGUGAAGAGAAUUUCGAAGAGGCUAUUAAGUCUGUAAAUACAUGCUUAGGGUGCACCGCUAUACCGGAGAACGUGAUGAGUAUCCUUAACAGCGACCAGUGUAUCAACUUGACGGCGAAGAGUAGCCCAUUCUGGAUAAUAGCAAAGGCGGUUAGAGAUUUUGUUGAGAACGAAGGAGCUGGAUUGUUGCCGUUGAAGGGAACUUUACCGGAUAUGACAGCGGAUACAGAAAAAUACAUAGCGCUUCAGCAGAUUUAUCACAGGCAAGCGGUGGCUGACGCGGAGGCAGUGUGGCGGCGCACGUUGCAAUUAUUGCGACAAUUAGGAAAAUCGUCGGAUAUUAUAUCAGAAAGAGACGUCAGAUUGUUCUGCAGACAUGCAUCGAACAUAUACGUGGAGAGGGGAACUUGUAUAGCCGACGAAUACGAUUCGAAAAUUUUCGAUGCUAGCAACAUAGUGCAAAGUUUGGAGAAUCCUGAGAGUAUGAUGGUUUAUUACGUUGUCCUGAGGGGAGUUGAAAAAUUUCAGUCAGAGUACAAUUCCUAUCCCGGCGAGUUUGAUGAUCAAGUGGAGCCUGACAUAGUAAAACUGAAGGCGUGUAUAACGAAAUUGUUAAAUGAAUGGGGUUGCGGACCACUGGCUAAGGACGAUUACGUUCAUGAAUUCUGCCGAUUUGGAGGAUCAGAGCUGCACUCGGUCUCGGCGUUCUUGGGUGGCCUCGCAGCUCAGGAAGUAAUCAAAUUCGUCACGAAUCAAUAUAAACCUCUCCAUAAUACUUUCGUAUACGAUGCAGUGACGUCCAAUGCCGGAACCUACUUCUUUUAACAUUAAAGUUUAUGAUACAAUAAAAAUGAGUCCACUCUUUUUGUAGAAAAUACGUUUUUUUCAUAUUGAAAUUUAGUUCACUCGAUAAAAAUAAGAACAGGUCGUAAAACAUUAAACAGAAGAGGACAACGAAUAUUGUAUGAAUCCUUCUAACGUGUGAAAAAAUAUGUUAUUUUAUUAAAAUUUUUUUACAAAACAA